AUGAUGGUCCCAAGGGCUUUUCUAUUUACCUCUGUGUCUCCCAAACCAUUUCGUGAGAAGGAGCUGCCGAGGAACUCAUCCUCCUCCAUGAACCUCUUCACCGCAGAAGACGUUUCUGGCCUCGAAGUCCCCAACGAGGCGUUCCCAGAUGCCGGUCACACCAACCCAGUCGUGAUUCCUCCGAAACGCGCUCCUCGCAUCACCUCCACACGCAAUGAACCUGCAGCCAUUGGCUUGCGGACGCCAAAAAACAAAACACUCACUUCGAGAUCAUCCUCGUCCACUCUACGUGAUCGCCCUCUACCAUCAUCCAUCGCAUCGAUACUAGAGGCCACUGCGAUACCUGUUCCCCGGCGUGCAUGGACAGUUCGGGAGUCUCGUCGACUGCCUCGUGGAGACCAUGUACAGGACUUUAGCAGGUUGCUGAUGGGCGGUGUCAGAUCCCGCGAUGACCACCUGCUGGAAGGGACUGGUAACACUGUCCUUGACAUCCUGCUGAGCCCUCCAGAUGAGAAUGAGAAGUCGGCUGUUGGCAGUGAAUACGAGGAGCUGUCAUUUUCGGGUCGUUCUAUGUCUAUCGAAUCCAUGCCGUCGUUAGAUCAUGACCUGGAUUCUCCGUCUAGCCUUCCAGUCCCAACGACUCCGGGAAGCCAGCGAAGUCCAUCUGAAAGGAAAUAUCGUCGCCCGCCACACCCCCAAGAUUGUGCUUUAGAUCAUCCUCUGCUGGAAAGAGAUCUUUCAGAAUCGGAGUGGGAAUCGACUGAUCUCCCCCAGCCGCUGUUCUCAAAUACCGGUUCAUCCAAAUCUCAAACGUCUCGGGCAUUUCCCCGGCUAGGUUCAACAUUCAAGUCCAAUUUGACGGCAUCUUUACGGGCAAUCAAGUCUGCUGCUCAGAGCGUCUCGACAUUUGCUACACCUUCAGUGCAACCCGAUGAUUUCCUUACGCGGUCGUUGUUUACAAUUACGCCGGAGAUGACGGACGACCGUCGGCCUCCGCCCAUGAACGAGCCGCCAUCUCCCGCUUUGCGGCGGUACCUAAACCCGAUUCAGAUUUCCCCAGCAGAAAUGUAUGCCUAUCAAGACUACCCCCAUGAAAAAUCGGAUUCUCGAAGCUGCCCAGUGUCGAUCCAGAUGCAGACCUACCAUCGUUCAAGGGGACGCAGUGGUCGCAAGAGCAAGGUUCAUCUUGCGGGCUCCGCAAGUCAAGACCGACGAUCAUUACCAUUUGAUCCAGAGAAUCCUACCUUCUCACGGCCUCGCGAACCCCGAGAAAACAGUGAUUUCCUGCGCAUGGUGGUUCUGGAAAUGAACAUGAGACGGAGCGGCAAGCUUCGCGAUGACAUCCCCACUCGGGCGCGGAUCUGGCUGCCGCCUCGCAAAAACACCCAACACCAGUUCGCAAAUUACGACUACGACUACAACGAUAACCAUAACGACACCGAACAUGUCAUUCCCCCCAGAUGGGUUGGGAUCUCUGCGUAA